CUCUUUCUCUCUCCCUUCUCUCCUUCUCCUAUUUCUUCUCUACGCCCUGCCCGUAGCUUUUCUCCAGCAACCCACUUUCUCCUUUCUCUCUUCUUCAUUUUCAUUUCAAUCCUUCUCCACAUAUAAUUGUCAUAAGCAAUUUCAUUUGUCACUAUGGUGUUCACGAAUGAAGAUGGAGCGCCGCAGACCUAGAAGUCAUCGCUGCUUGGAGCUGCCGCCGCCCGAAUGCUGCCACGGCCCAGAAAAUUAUAGGGCCGACCACCCGCUAGCGUUUCCGGCAUGGAGGAUCGAUUUACGACUUGGUGAAUUGCUGCCAACCCACCGCCACCGUGGGGCUAAGUGGUUCCAGUCUACCGGGAUAGAUUAAAAAGUGUUCCAUACACAUGAUAAGUAUUCAUGAUUAUCUUCCCUAUAAUAUGUAUUGUACUACUCUUUUAGUACUUCAGUUUAUUUUGUGGAAGAUGAGUGAAUACUAGUUUCAUCUUUAAAAGUCUUGUGUACUAUAUCAUUGAUCUGCACCAAAUUUGAGUAGAAAAAAAUCUCUGAUUUCUUAUAUGAAUAGAUCAGAAUCUGCUCAAGUUAAAUGCCCAUGUGGUAGUAUCCUUUCCUGGAUCCUAAUAACCCUAUAGUUAUGCAACGUUCACCGAGCUACCCUUUUAGGGAGAUUAAAAAGACAAUAAAAUUUAACUAGUUGUGAAAAACCGUAUUCUCCUUGACAUAGUAUCUGUAUAGAAACAUGGUCAUUCUAUAAUCAGACAGGCUACUGAAUUUCAUAUGUUUCAAAUUGCAUUCCAGAGUGAAGUCCUACAUAAAAAAAAUUAAAGGUUUUACCCUAUGGCAUUUGGACUAGUGUUUGCUAACUAUGUGUGUGUGUGUAUGUAUGUGUAUGUGUGUGUCCUGAUUUAUAAAGAGAAGAUGCAUAUACUUUGUAUUCUUGAUUGGGGAUGAGAAUUUUAUAUAUGUACUUCAUUAACAUUGAGUUAACUUAUUUCUAUUCAUAUGUUUAGUUGGAUACUUCUAUAUUAGCAGUUUCUUCCCCAUCACUUUCUGGCAUACUAUCCUUAAAUUUACUAGCCAUGCACUGUCGUUUAGCAGUUUUUUUCUAUCCUGAUGUAACUCCGCCCUUAUAUUGUACUUGUCAGGAAAAGUACUCCCUAAAGAGGAGACCUACGGCAAGAAAUCUGCUGUUUGGAGUUGCUCAUAACAUGGAAGAGAGAUAUUAUUCCAACUACCAAGUUAAUAUUUAAGAGAUGCUAAAUUAGCUUGAACUUUGUACCGUUGAGAUAUAUUCACUAGUUGUCUAUUAGCUUUAGAAAGUUAUUGAUGUAAUUAUGAAGAAUCAAUAUUGAAUCAAGUGUGUUUUUAAUCAUAUUAUACUUUUGUAAAUGUUGUCCAACAUUCUAUUAUGUUUAAAUAAAUGUAAUACGAAGUAUAAGUUUUUUGCUUUGCCUCUAUAAAUUCAUUUUCUUGUAA